UCUCCGCAGGACCUCUACGUUUAUAUCUCGGAGCACGAGCACUUUACAGACUUCAACGUCAGCUCGGCGCUGUUCUGGCAGAAGCGGGAUCUUGUCUACGGGGACUGGACCAGCGGGGAGAACGCCGACGGGUGCUAUGAACACUAUGGGGAAGUCGACAUUUCGCAGAGCGUCCAGCAGAAUGGCUCCAUCUACAUUCACGUGUACUUCACGAAGAGCGGCUUCCAUCCCGACCCCAGGCAGAAGAACCUGUACAGGCGCCUUGCCACAGUCCACACGUCACGAAUGAUCAACAAAUACAAGCGCCGGCGGUUCCAGAAAACCAAGAACCUCCUGACAGGUGAGACGGAGGUGGUGGUCUUCUCGUUGCAGAGGGCGGAAGACUACGGUCCUGUGGAGGUCAUCUCGCACUGGCACCCCAACUUGACCAUCAACAUGGUGGACGACCACACGCCCUGGGUGAAGGGCAGCGUGCCACCCCCCCUGGACCAGUAUGUGAAGUUUGACGCCAUCAGCGGCGACUACUACCCCAUUCUCUACUUCAACGACUACUGGAACCUGCAGAAGGACUAUUUCCCCAUCAACGAGACCCUGCAGCGCCUGCCCUUCCGCCUCUCCUUCUGCCCGCUCUCCCUGUGGCGCUGGCAGCUCUACGCUGCCCAGAGCACCAAAUCCCCCUGGAAUUUCCUGGGAGAGGACCUCUACGAGCAGUCGGACGAGGAGCAGGACUCGGUGAAGGUUGCUCUCCUGGAGACGAACCCCUACCUGCUGGCGCUGACCAUCGUCGUCUCCAUCGUGCACAGCAUCUUUGAGUUCUUGGCCUUCAAAAACG